GGUAGGCGGGACUUCCUGUUUUACUUUAGCAUUGCAGCCUCUGUUGAAGGGCACUGUCUUGUUCGCUUUGCGCCGGGGUCGUGUGUCAAAGGUCCAAUUCAUCAUGGGAGGGCACGAUGCAGGAAGCCACCAUCAAUUUACCGGGAUUGCAAAGUACUUCAAUUCAUACACUAUUGUUGGAAGGAGGAAUUGUGUUUUGGCAACAUAUGCUACACUAUUAGGAAUUGGCCUUUUUUUCAAACUGAAACCUAAAAAGAAGGCAGUUGCAGAAAAGUAGUAUGAAGGGACCUGUCUGAUCAUUUCCAGUCAUGGAGGAAGCAGCUGGCCGUGCUUGUAACAAAUUCUCGCUGUAUGGUUUUGUUGUUAAUAAAGAACAUUUAUGGUAAAACAUAGAAAA